AUGUCGACCCGCGUCAUCCGUGCCUGCGACGGCUGCCGCGUCCGCAAGGUCCGCUGCAACGGUGAGCAGCCCUGCUCCCAGUGCGCCCACCUCAACCUCGCCUGCAAGUUUGCGCCCCCGCCGGCCAAGCGCAAGCCCGGCGUUCGCGGGCGCCUCGUCGCGCAGCUUCGCAAUAGCCAGCAGGCCGCCCAGCAAGACCACCACCACCACCACUCCCAGCCCAACAGUAGCAACAGCAGCAAGACCUCGCCGGCCACAACGUCAACAUCCGUCCCCUCGAGCAGCAGCCCGCCUAGCGACACCUCCCCGCCCGCCGUCACCUCCAUCGCCGGCAUCGUCAACGCGGACCCCUCCUACGCCGAUACCGCCCUCUCCUCCCUCCCCGCGACACCAUCACCCAUCGCAUCUUCCCACAAUGCCGCCUGGCCGCACCAUACAGUCGACUACUUCCUCAGCUACCUCGCGCUGUACGAUGAGCACAUCUACCCCGUCAACCCGGUGCUCACCUGCGCCGAGAUACGCGCCGCCAUCCGCAACAUGGACGCCGAUCUCGAGGACCGCGCCCUCGUCUACGCUUUCGCUGCCAUCACCAUCAACCUCACCCAGACCCUCUUCACCUCGGCCACCGACACCCUCACCGAGAUCGCCACCCUCAUGAACCUCAGCAUGCAGGUCCACCGCCAGGCCGAGACGCGGCGCGACAACAGCACCGCCUGGACGAGCCCCGACGCAGGGCCCUCGGCCGCCAGCGUCAAGUUUGGCGAGCUCCCCGUCACCUUUCGCCGCAUCAUGACGUGCGUCUUUCUCGAGAUAUGCAUGAUGGCGUUUAAGCGCUGGGACCGCAGCCUCAUGCUCCUCCGCGAGGCCAUCACCAUGAUCCAGGUUCUCAACGUCCACCAGUACGACGCCGAGAUCCCCUUUGACGGCCUCCACAUCGAAGAUUUUGACAGCAUGCCCAAUUACCCAAAUGCCGCCGAGGCCACCAUUCACACCGAGAUGCGGCCCCGCGACGUCUUCCGCCUGCGCCGCGUCUACUGGGAGGUCUUCAUCCACGAGCGCUUCCUCGCCACCGUCACCGGCUUCCCCUGCGUGCAGCACGCCCUCGCCGCCGUGCCGCUCCACGACCCGACUAUCCCACCGCACGUCGAUCUCGGCUUCAGCCGGCUCGUCAAUCUCUUCCGCGUCCUCGACGGGCCGUUCCUCGCGCACUGGACCGCCCACAAGGACCCGUCGCUGCUCCAGCCGCCGCUCGGCGCCGCCGCCCACCUCCCCGAGAAGAUGACGGCGCACUGGAUCGAGAGCAAGCAGAGCGAGCUCGACCGCGACGAGGAGGGCGCCGCCCUCACCGAGCAGCGCCUCGCGCACGCCGGCCGCGGCGGCCGCUUCACCGAGGUCCAGCACGUCGACCUCUUCGUCACGCGCGUCUGGCUGCGCACCCUUGUCUGGCAGUUUGCCCUGCACCACGGCCUCUUGCGCUCCGCCCCGCCCCGCGACACCCACGAGGGCAUGUCGCUGCACUUUCCCGCGCAGCGCCUCUCCAGCCAGCUGCGCGCGCUCGUCGCCCGCCUCGAGAACCUGUCCAGCAUCGUCACCCACGGCAGCGGCAUCUUGCAGAAGCUCUUCGAGAUCACCUCCACCGUCGCCGACGUCCUCGCCCUGCCCAUGGGCCCCGGCCAGACCGAGGAGGAGGCGCGCGCGCGGCUCGAGGACUUCGAGUUCAUGGUCCGCUUCCUUUUUAGCUUUGAGCGCAUCGAGAAGACGCAGCGCGACUACCUCCGCGAGAAGCUAGGCGUGCUGGGGCAGCAGUAUACUAUUGUCGACUUUGCCAAGUUGGCAGGCGAGAGCCCCAACGCAUGA